AUGGAAAUUUUGUGGAAGACGUUGACUUGGAUUUUGAGCCUCAUCAUGGCUUCAUCAGAAUUUCAUAAUGACCACACACUUUCAUACAGUUCUCAAGAGGAAUUCCUGACUUAUCUUGAACACUACCAGCUAACUAUUCCAAUAAGGGUUGAUCAAAAUGGAGCGUUUCUCAGCUUUACUGUGAAAAAUGCUAAGCACUCAAGGAGAAGACGGAGUAUGGACCCUAUCGACCCAGAGCAGGCAGUGUCGAAAUUAUUUUUUAAACUGUCGGCCUAUGGCAAGCACUUUCACCUCAACUUGACUCUCAACACAGAUUUUGUAUCCAAACAUUUUACAGUAGAAUACUGGGGGAAAGAUGGACCCCAGUGGAAACAUGAUUUUUUAGAUAACUGUCAUUAUACCGGAUAUUUGCAAGAUCAACGUAGUACAACUAAGGUGGCUUUAAGCAACUGUGUUGGAUUGCAUGGUAUUAUUGCUACAGAAGAUGAAGAAUAUUUUAUUGAGCCUUUAAAGAAUACCACAGAGGAUUCUAAGCAUUUUAAUUAUGAAAAUGGCCAUCCUCAUGUUAUUUACAAAAAGUCUACCCUUCAACAACGUCAUCUCUAUGAUCACUCUCAUUGUGGGCUUUCAGACUUCACAAGCAGUGGCAAACCUUGGUGGCUGAAUGACACAUCAUCUGCUUUUCCUUCAUUACUACCAAUUAAUGACACACAUACCCACCAUAGACUGAAAAGAUCAGUGAGCAUUGAGCGGUUUGUGGAGACAUUGGUUGUGGCAGACAAAAUGAUGGUGGGUUACCACGGACGUAAAGACAUUGAACAUUACAUUUUGAGUGUGAUGAAUAUUGUUGCCAAACUUUACCGUGAUUCCAGUCUUGGAAACGUUGUGAAUAUUAUAGUGGCUCGAUUAAUCGUUCUCACAGAGGAUCAGCCAAACUUGGAGAUAAACCACCAUGCAGACAAGUCCCUCGAUAGCUUCUGUAAGUGGCAGAAAUCAAUUCUCUCCCACCAAAGUGAUGGAAACACCAUUCCAGAAAAUGGGAUUGCCCACCACGAUAAUGCAGUUCUUAUUACUAGGUAUGAUAUCUGCACUUACAAAAAUAAGCCUUGUGGAACUUUGGGCUUGGCCUCUGUGGCUGGAAUGUGUGAGCCUGAGAGGAGCUGCAGCAUUAAUGAAGACAUUGGCUUGGGUUCAGCUUUUACCAUUGCACAUGAGAUUGGUCACAAUUUUGGUAUGAACCAUGAUGGAAUUGGAAAUUCUUGUGGGACCAAAGGUCAUGAAGCAGCAAAACUUAUGGCAGCUCACAUUACUGCAAAUACCAAUCCUUUUUCCUGGUCUGCCUGCAGUCGAGACUAUAUUACCAGCUUUCUAGAUUCAGGCCGUGGUACUUGCCUUGAUAAUGAGCCUCCCAAGCGUGACUUUCUUUAUCCAGCUGUGGCCCCAGGUCAGGUGUAUGAUGCUGAUGAGCAAUGUCGUUUCCAGUAUGGAGCAACAUCCCGCCAAUGUAAAUAUGGGGAAGUGUGUAGAGAGCUCUGGUGCCUCAGCAAAAGCAACCGCUGUGUUACCAACAGUAUUCCCGCCGCGGAGGGGACACUGUGUCAGACCGGGAGUAUUGAGAAGGGGUGGUGUUAUCAGGGAGAUUGUGUUCCUUUUGGCACUUGGCCCCAGAGCGUAGAUGGGGGCUGGGGUCCCUGGUCCCUGUGGGGCGAGUGCAGCAGGACCUGCGGGGGCGGCGUCUCCUCAUCCUUAAGACACUGUGACAGUCCAGCACCUUCAGGAGGUGGAAAAUACUGUCUUGGGGAAAGGAAACGUUAUCGCUCCUGCAACACGGAUCCAUGCCCUUUGGGUUCCCGAGAUUUUCGAGAAAAACAGUGUGCAGACUUUGACAAUAUGCCUUUCCGAGGAAAGUAUUAUAACUGGAAACCCUAUACUGGAGGUGGCGUAAAACCUUGUGCAUUAAACUGUUUGGCUGAAGGUUACAAUUUCUACACUGAACGUGCUCCUGCAGUAAUUGAUGGGACCCAGUGCAAUGCAGAUUCAUUGGAUAUCUGUAUCAAUGGAGAAUGCAAGCAUGUAGGUUGUGAUAAUAUUUUGGGAUCUGAUGCAAGGGAAGAUAGAUGUCGAGUCUGCGGAGGGGAUGGAAGUACAUGUGAUGCCAUUGAGGGUUUCUUCAAUGAUUCCUUACCCAGAGGAGGCUACAUGGAAGUGGUGCAGAUACCAAGAGGCUCAGUUCACAUUGAAGUCAGAGAAGUUGCUGUGUCAAAGAACUACAUUGCUUUAAAAUCUGAAGGGGAUGAUUACUACAUUAACGGUGCCUGGACUAUUGACUGGCCUAGGAAGUUUGAUGUUGCUGGAACAGCUUUUCACUACAAGAGACCAACAGAUGAACCGGAAUCCUUGGAAGCUUUAGGUCCCACCUCUGAAAAUCUCAUUGUCAUGGUUCUACUCCAGGAACAGAAUUUGGGAAUUAGGUAUAAGUUCAAUGUUCCCAUUACUCGGACUGGCAGUGGAGAUAAUGAAGUUGGCUUUAUGUGGCAUCAUCAGCCUUGGUCAGAAUGCUCAGCUACUUGUGCUGGAGGUGUCCAAAGACAGGAAGUAGUGUGCAAAAGGCUAGAUGACAACUCUAUUGUGCAGAACAACUAUUGUGAUCCUGACAGUAAGCCACCAGAAAAUCAAAGAGACUGCAACACGGAGCCCUGCCCACCUGAGUGGUUCAUUGGGGAUUGGUUGGAGUGCAGCAAGACCUGUGAUGGCGGGAUGCGCACACGGGCAGUGCUCUGCAUCAGGAAGAUCGGUCCUUCUGAGGAGGAGACGCUGGACUACAGUGGUUGUUUGACACACCGGCCUAUGGAAAAAGAGUCCUGCAACAACCAGUCAUGUCCACCUCAGUGGGUGGCCUUGGACUGGUCUGAAUGCACACCAAAAUGUGGCCCAGGAUUCAAGCAUCGGAUUGUUCUGUGCAAGAGCAGUGACCUUUCCAAGACCUUCCCAGCGGCACAAUGUCCCGAUGAAAGCAAACCUCCUGUUCGGAUCCGCUGCAGCCUGGGCCGCUGCCCGCCUCCUCGCUGGGUGACAGGAGACUGGGGCCAGUGUUCUGCUCAGUGUGGCCUUGGACAACAAAUGCGUACUGUGCAGUGCCUCUCCUAUACUGGACAAGCAUCUAGUGACUGUCCAGACACUGUUCGGCCUCCAUCCAUGCAGCAGUGUGAAAGCAAAUGUGACAGUACACCCAUCUCCAGUACUGAAGAGUGCAAAGAUGUGAACAAAGUGGCUUAUUGCCCACUCGUGCUGAAGUUCAAGUUCUGCAGUCGAGCAUACUUCAGACAGAUGUGUUGUAAGACCUGCCAAGGCCACUGACCCACAGAAAGCCAGAGAGAGAGCCUUGUCAUUUCAUCGUGGAAAUGCAUCCAUCAAGGAGAGCCACCCAGAGGAAGAGGAUUGAUGUCCUUGCGAAAGCAUUACCCUGUGGAAAACAUAACCACUGGUCAGCCCUAGCUGACAGGAUUUCAAUAUUAUUUUAACUUCUGUGAAGUGGGAUUUAUUGAUCCAAAGUGCUGGACACGGUAUUAGGAGGGAAUGCCAGAUUGGAGAGAUCCAAACAACACAGGGAGACUUGCUUACUGUGGAGCGUUUGUGUUCUUUCGAGUAAAUCCAAUAGCCUGUUUACCUCCUUGGACCAUUAAGAUAAUUUUUAUUAUGGACUUAGCAAUGACACUGAAUCCAUUUGUAUUUAAAACUGUUUAAAAUGUAGCUGUUAUGACUUGGUUAACUAUGGAAGUAAAAGAAGAUUCAGAAUUCUUAAGUCAUAGCUUAAAAAAUAUUUACUAUACUUUAUCUCACUACAACAGCACCACAAUUUAAAUUAUAAAAUGGGCUUUGAACUGUAAUUUAAGGACCAAUUAUAAAUCAAAAGUAAUGGAAGUUUGUAUUCUUUUUCUCCAUUCCACUUAAUUUCCUUAGGAAUAAUCCCCCUGUUCUGAACACUGCUGUGAGCCAUAUAUAAAACUAUAUUAACGUGGACAAUGAGGGACUUAGUUUAAAGCAGAGCAGCGGUUGCUGCAGCUGUGCAAGUCUAUAAAUUCAGUGCUAAGAGACGGUGGCCAACUCGCCAGUGUGCAAGUGAAGCUGAGAUUUCCAUUAAAAACUUUAAGAGAAAAACAUUGCAAUUUCAUCCAGAAGCCAGACCUGUGGUAUGGUAGAGACUGAAGUACCGGGUCCCUCACUACCACCACACCACACAGGAUGCCUUAUUUUUCACUUGAGUCCCUCCAACUCACUGUGUUUACAUCUUCACCAGCCACAGAUCAGCUUCUGCCUUCGAUUGUUGCGUGCAUGUCCAGCUUACUGAGAUGAUGCCAUACAAAAGAUAGGCCGCUCAGUAACAACCAGGCAGCCCCUUUUGCAAGUUGCUGACAAUUAUGAUGCGUUCCAGAUGUCCCUUCUUUGAUAUGGUAGAAGGGCAUUUAUUUAUAUGAGAGCAAGUGUGUGUGUGUGUGUGUGUGUGUGUGUGUGUGUGUGUGUGCAGGCACUUCUGAGUAUGCAGAUAGAUGAGUGUGCUUGCACAUAAAUGUGCUAUUUUGUGAGUUUGAAAGUAGGCAAGGGACAACAACCAAAGAAGAAAAACUCACCAAGACUAGAGAGCAUAUGGCAUAAUUUUAACCAUCAUCCUACCAAGUAUUUCGUGCUUUUUUUUUUUUAUGGAUACUGUUUUGUUAAUGUCAAAUGUGAAGCCCAAUUUCUUGGGCAAGUCAAAUUCUAGAAUGACAUCCACUUAAAUUAAAAUGACUAGCCCAUAUCUUCCCUAUCUUCACAUCUUGCGUGUCCAAAGACUCAACAGCUUAGUUUUUAAAAGGGUACUCUUUAAUAACACUUUGUACUUGAAUACUCUGUAGCUCAUAGCAGGUUCUUGAUGAAUGUGCUCUGUGUCUAACAGGCCUUCUUUGGUGCACAUACAUGUAGAUCAUGCAUUCACCAAAACUAAAUGGCUACUUUGUAAGCAUAAUAUGUACAGUUGAAAAGCAUGUGUCAUACACACCAUGGUUCAUUUUUUUUUCUAAAAGGAAAAGAAACUCAGAUACCAAAUGUCACCUAAUCUUUCAGGUUUCUGCUGUGGCUAGAUGGCACUGGCUUGUUUUCUGUACAUUCCUUCACAACCAUCCACAUCUUAUACCCUGCCUGUCUCUCAAUACCACAGUUCCUAUCCCUGAGUUUUCAGGAAGGUCUCUUGAUAUACAAGAGAUAUUGUCAAACCCCAUGUAACUGCCCUUGGAAGACCAGUCCAAGCACCACACUAGCUAAUAUGUGAAGGGAAAGCAGCUUAUGGGCAGUGCAGUUGAAGCUUGAAUUCCCUCUUGAUCCUUUUCAAAGAAAUAUAAACUUGGUGCUAAUGUGCCCUGGUGAAAUUAAAUAGCGCAUACGUGGUUUUUGUGGCAGUUUAAGCAUAGGUUUCCUAUCUAGAUCUGAUUGUCACUAACACAAAUAUCAGCAUAUGUUUUUAUUUCAAAAAGAUACAUUACUGACCAAAGGUCCUGCUUCACCCCCACGUGGAAGCUAACAACGCAAGGGCUAUCCCAGGGGUCCUGUGCAUCACCUCAGAGGUGGGGGAGAGGACCGAAGCCUGAAUCCCUUCUGGGUCAUACAUCAGCACCAAAAGCAGGGUGAUCCUUACCCUGGAGCAUAGCAUGCCUUUCAAGAUGGAACCAAGCAGAGAAUGUAACAGGUUUAAACAUUUUCAGGUAGGCCCUGAGUUUAAACCUGAACUGGCUUUAAAAAAGAGAGAGAGAGAGAGAGAAGAGAGAAAAGACCAACACAUUCCACAACAUGUUUCAAUAUCAGUGCUACUGUAGCCAUUCAUGUGGCUUCCUGAGGCUCUCUUCCUAAGUGAAAACAAUAAGAUCUUCAGUAGAGGCUCCAUUGCCCUGGCAGGUGGUCGGAAAGCUGUAGCAUCUGCUUAGGUACCCAUGGCUGAGAGUAGUCUCUGCCAUUAGUAUAACUGUCUACCAAACAAAGGAAAUGUAAAUGUACCCAAAUGAUUGAAUCCCUGGAACUACAUGAGACUUACAGUAUAUUCCAUUAGGAAUUUUUCUAUUUGAGUGAAUGUCACAGUAAGUAUCCUUGAUAAUACAGAAUGAAAUUACCUUUGUAUUAUUGUGAUUAGUUGUUGCUUAUUAUUUUAUAUGCAGUAUUAAUGUGGUACACUGUUACUUUUUUCGCUUUUGUAAAUUAUAUUCUAAUUUAUUGCCAUGUUUCCUAACACUUGUCCUACAUUCAUUCUCUUGCUUGUAAUGAAAAUGAAAAAAAAAAAGUCAUUGUAACACUUGAUGGAGUGAAAUUCCACACCAGGCACAGA